GGAAACAGCUGAAUGAUGAGUACUGUUCAGGGUGCAACAACACUGGAGUCCAAACUGGAGGCCCUGCAGUGCCACUUCACCUGGGACCUGAACCCUGGCAGGUCCAAACUUUUCCGUGUCAGAGACAAGCUGGAGGACAUCGGCACUGAGGAGGGAAACAGCUGGCUGGGUCACAUUUACAACCUGCGGGGGUACAUUCAGUACAAGCUGGGGUUCACUGAAGACUCCCAGAGUUUGUUCAACCAGGCUACAGAGGCCCUCCGCCUGACAAGAGGAGCAGAAGAGGGUCCCUGGUUAGUGGUGAACUACGGGAACCUGGCUUGGCUGCACCACCACCUGGGAGAACAAGAAGAGAGUCAGGAUUACCUGUCAAAGGUCGACGCCCUGAUGAAUAAAUAUCCAUCUCCAUCCCAGGACGAGCUCCAUCCAGAGAUCUACGCAGAAAAAGCCUGGACCCUGAUGAAGUUCAGCACAGACCAAAAGCUGCUGGCUGCAGAUUACUUUGAGAGAGCCAUCAGGAUGCAGCCGGACAUGGUGGAGUGGAACACCAGCCGUGUCUUAGCAUUAGAGAGUGCUUCUUACAACGAAGGGCCUGAGGCUGACAUCUUGCAGAAAUUGAGAAUUGCCAGAGAACAGGAUCCAGAGAACUUGUAUCUCGCUGCUAAGUACCUUGAACAACGUGGUAAGAAAGGAGAAAGUAUUGAAGAUGAAGCACGUGAGUUAGGCAGACAGGUUUUGAUAAAUCCUGUGAGCAGCUACAGCGGUAUGAAAGCAUUACUGUGGGUUUACAGAAACCAUGUAUCUGUAGAUGAGGCCAUUGAUUUGGCAGAGGAGGCUCUGAAACAACAUCCAGAUGUACGUUAUCUGAAGAGCUGUGUUGCACUCUGCUACAAAUGGAUUUAUUUCAGGGAUAUUGACCAAGACGUAAUGGAUAGAAGCAGAAUAGAGAGAGCACUCAGUUUCCAUAAGGAGGUGAUUUCUCUUUACCCUCAGUCUUCUCUUGUGAAGAAAAUAGACCUCGCAAAGAUGUACGCAAACUCAAAGUACAGCCAGGCUCAAGCUGAGCAGAUAUAUCAGGAACUGCUAAAACGUGAUCUAGAACCUGCAGAGAAACAGAUGCUUUGUCAUAACUACGCACACCAAUUAUUCCGCAAAGGAAUGCAUAACGACAGGUCAAUACAGUAUCACAUGAGGGCAGCAGAGAUACCGCAACAAUCCUCUUUUCGUGACAAAAGCAUCAGAGUUCUGACUCAGAUAAGAGACAGAAAGAAAGACAGAAUGUGUAGAGAAAUAGAGAAGUUUCUGGCAAACCUGCAAGAGCCAUAAUGUUUUUAACUGCACUGGUUAGGAAUCCAGAAAAAAAAUGCAUUAGCUCAAGAAAUCUGUAGAUAUAAAUUUGAUCACAUACAGACUGGGAGAAAAGAUUUGUGGAAACUGCAGAAAAGACUACUUCUUAAGAUAAACUCAAAAUAGAAGCGAGAAAUGUACGGUGAAGACCCUGAUCGCAACAUUGAAGUAAAGUUUUGUAUAAUUGACCCUGGUACUUGUACGAGGGAACCCUUUUAAUGGAUUUAUCAUCAGAUGUGAAAAUACUAAAAUCAUGAAGCAACCUUCAAAAAAGACCAUGAACUUUGUCUUCUGAGCAUUUAAAACUAAUUUUAGGUUAAUCAGGAAAGUUUGCAAUGAUGGAAAUGAAGUCUGAAGCUCUUGCACUGCCUGUCCUAAGGAGGGAGCAUGUGCAUAAAGUACAGUGUCAUCAGCAUAAAAGUGUACUUUUGCUUGUAUGUCCUUACUUAAAACAUUUAUGAAACUAGAGAACAAAGUAGGUACUGACAUGGAACCCUGGGGGACACCUUUAGUUAUUUCAAUCUGAUAUAUGGCCCUGUGGGCACACUGAGCUCGAUCUGCAAAAUUAUUAUUAUCAUUUAACAGCCUUAGGACAGAAACCAACAUUCUUGAGCUUGAUCAACAUAAAUUUGUGAUCCACUGAAUCAAAAGCCAUGGAUAGAUCCACAAAUAACGCAGCACAACUCUGUUUUCUGUCCAGGGCACCAAUGAGGUCAUUUGUCACAACCAUAGCAGCAAUAAUGGUACUGUGGCGGUUCUAAACCCAGACUGAAAAUUUUAAUAUCAACUAAAAACUGUUCUAAGUGUACAUUUAACUGGGAUUCAAGCAUCUUGGCUAGCACUGAGAGUUUUGAGAUUGCAUGGUAAUUGUUCAACUCUGAGGGGUCUCCACCUUUAAGUAAAGGGAGAAUAUAGGCAGCUUACCAAAUUUUAGGUAUUGAGUUGAAGAGACUCAAAAUAAAAAUAUGUGGUCAAAGUCUUCCAGAGCUUUACACACUUGAGCUAAUGAAAAAGGUUCAAAAUCAAACAAAUCCAAAUUCCCAUCAGUUGCAGUCGUGGCAGAACAUGAGAUCAAUGUAUUUAAGUUAGAGCUGUCAAAUAUAGACCCACCAUGAAUAAAGUGUUUGUUAAAUUGACUGAACAUUAUUUUAUCUGAAUCAACCCAAAUGUGAUGAGGGAGGUCUGAAGCAACAAGGACAAGUAUUUAAUUAAUUUCCAGGAUAUUGUUGGGUUAUUUAUGUUCUCUAUAACUGACUUCAGAUAAAACUCUGAUUUGGAUUUUCUGAUCAUUGAAGUUCACUUUGUCCCUACCACCGAUCAUAAACUUCUUAAUAGGAACAUGUUUAUUAGUGUUAGACAGGAAAAUUUAAUGAAAAUAAUCCCAUGCCAGUUCAACAUCCGCAAUCAGAGUAACUCUGCUAAAAUCAUUGUCAUACAAAUCAUGCAAAAAGGGCCUACUCUUCAAAACUUUUAAAAUAUCUUUUAGAAAUAAGACAGGCUUUUACCGUAGGGAUUUUGGUAUUCCUGACACAAGUAACCACUGACAUCAUUACAAAAUAUGCCAGUUGAGGUGUAUUUGAUAUAAUUAAAUCAAGCAAGGUAGAUUUCCUUUAUGUGCUUUAGGAUUUGGCCUUGUUUGUGGUUCAAUGAGCUGCAGAAGGUUUAAGGAGUCACAGAGUUCUUUAAAACAACCUGAGUCGGGCGCCCGGUUAGCUCAGUGGGUAGAGCUGGCGACCCAUGUACCGAGGCUGAGUCUUUGCUGCUGCUGCCCAGGGUUCAAAUCCAACCUACAGCCCUUUGCUGCGUGUCAUCCCCUCUCUCUGUCUGUCUUCAGCUGUCUCUAUCAUAAAGGCAAUAAAAAGCCCAAAAAAAUACUUUGUCUUACAUCCCAAUUCAGGUCACCCAUAAGGAUGAAUAGUCAGGAUACAAAAUCAAAUGUGUGUCAGUUAAUUGGGUCAAAAAAUGCAAUAAAGACAACAAGUGACACUCCUCUUGUCUUUGGAAACACUAGGACAGAUGUCUGAUGUAUGUGUUUUAUAUCUCUGUGUUGUUGUCCAUGUAUUGUUUUGUGUUGUUUUUAUGUUAAUAUGGAUUUCUGUGUGUGAAAUAAAGUUAAUUUGAAUUUAAAA